AUGGGCAACGCGUUCGCGUGCAUGCCGCGCAAGGAGCAGCGGGGCGCGGCCUUGGUGUCGCGCAGCAAGCGGAUGGGGAGCGCGCGGUCGGCGCGCGGCGGGCCCAAGCUCACGCCCGCGGAGGAGGAGCUCCUGCACCGCCAGGCGCUGGCCAUGGCCAUCCACCAGCACCUCGACGCCGGCGGCUCCAUGUCGCGCCGCAUCGACGCCGGGGCCUCCCUGUCCCGGCGCAUGGGACCCGGCUCCACCAGCUCCCGCCGCCGCGGCGACCUGCCGGACUCCGUUACGAAUGCCAAGCCCGCCCCAAUUGUUCUGGAGAAUUUGGAAACAAAGAAAUUUGUCCUUGUUCAUGGAGAAGGUUUUGGUGCUUGGUGUUGGUACAAGACCAUCUCACACUUGGAGGAAGCUGGUUUAGAUCCUGUUGCCUUAGAUCUCACAGGUUCUGGCAUAGACCAUACUGAUACAAACAGCAUAGCUACAUUAGCAGAUUACUCCAAGCCAUUGAUUGAUUACCUUGAUAAACUUCCUGAAGAUGAGAAGGUUAUUUUGCUCGGCCAUAGUUGCGGAGGUGCAAGUGUGUCAUAUGCAUUGGAGAAAUACCCCAAAAAGAUAUCAAAGGCGGUGUUUCUUACAGCUACGAUGGUGAAGGAUGGCCAGCGGCCCUUUGAUGUGUUCUCUGAGGAACUCCGGUCAGCAGAUGUUUUCUUGCAAGAAUCACAGUUUUUAGUUUAUGGAAAUGGAAAGGACAAGCCUCCUACUGGGCUGAUGUUCGAUAAACAGCAGAUCAAGGGGCUUUAUUUCAACCAAACACCUUCCAAGGAUAUGGCGCUAGCCGCGGUGUCCAUGAGGCCUAUCCCUCUAGCCCCAAUCAUGGAGAAGCUCUCCCUCACCCCAGAGAACUAUGGCACUGUCCGCCGCUACUUCAUCCAGACGCUCGAUGACCACAUGCUGUCGCCGGACGCCCAGGAGAAGCUGGUCCGCGAGAACCCUCCUGACGGCAUCUUCAAGAUCAAGGGCGGCGACCACUGCCCCUUCUUCUCGAAGCCGCAGUCUCUCAACAAGAUCCUGCUGGAGAUCGCACAGAUCCAAGCUCCCUCGGCGCUGCUUCCAGGCAAGGCGAGCGCUGAGGAAACUGCUGCUGCCACGGAGGCGGUGGCGGCGAAGUCAUGA